AUGGCAGCCAGUCUAUCUGCAACUUCUCUUUCUAUGAUAUCUCAGCGACCCAAAUCGCCAAUUCGUGAUUUUGAAGACAAAAAUUGCUGCUUCUGGACUCGACCGAGUUGCUACCUGAAGCAAAGAAACAUAAUCAGAAAUGUAAGUGGAGGUACAAGCAGAAAAGGUACGACUCUGGUCUCUGCUUUACUGUCUACUAUUUCUAGGACAUCAGCUUCUACAAUACCUGCAUUCAAUGAGUUGAUUGAAUCCUUGAUUAUUAAGGUGGAUUUGUCAGAAUCUGAGGCUGAAGCAUCAUUAGAUUAUUUACUCGAUGAUGCUAGUGAGGCCGUGAUCAUUGCUUUCUUGGUACUGCUGAGAGCCAAGGGAGAGACUUUUGAAGAGUUAAGUUUAGUGCAUUUAUUGCUUUUACAAGUGGAAGGGUUAGCUCAUGUCGUGGAUAUUGUUGGAACGGGCGGUGAUGGUGCAAACACCGUUCACAUUUUUACAGGAGCAUCAAUACUUGCUGCUGCUUGCGGUGCUAAAGUAGCCAAGCAAGGGAAUUGA